AUGCAACGCAGCCCGCAGGAGGCCAGGCCUGAGUCCCAGACCCCACCUUCCGCCCCAUCUACGACCGCUACUCCGGCGUGGGCUGCGGCCGACGGUAGCGCUGCAGAACCUAUUGGCGGUCUACAGGAAUAUUAUUAUGAGCUGUGUAUGGAAAAAUCCCAGGAAAUUAAACCUUUUAUAUUGCAUAUACUCCAAGAAGUGGACGAAGAAAUUGAAAAGGGAUUGGCAGGAAUCACAUUAAAUGUUGCUGGUAACUGUCACUUAAUGCCAGUAGAAAGAGUAACAGGUGAAGAUUUUUGGAUUCUUUGCAGAAUUUUAAAGAAUAAUCCAUAUAUUAAUGGUUUGGAUGUUAGAUAUAACCUCAUAAGUGAUGUUGGCGCAUCCUAUGCUGCAAAACUGCUUCAGAAACAACAUAAUCUCAUUUACUUAAACCUUAUGUUUAAUGACAUUGGGCCUGAAGGUGGAGAACUGAUUGCUAAAGCACUACAUAAGAAUACAACUCUGAAACACCUAAGAAUGACUGGAAACAAGAUUGAAAAUAAGGGUGGAAUGUUUUUUGCUGCAAUGCUACAAAUUAAUUCAUCCUUAGAGAAAUUAGAUCUGGGUGACUGCGAUCUGGGAAUGCAGAGUGUGAUAGCAUUCGCUACAGUCCUAACUCAAAACCAAACAAUUAAGGGAUUAAACCUAAACCGACCUAUACUGUAUGGUGAACAGGAAGAGUCCACAGUUCAUCUAGGCCACAUGUUGAAAGAAAAUCAGUGCCUUGUUGAACUACACGUGUGUAAGCAUGACAUAAAAAACUGUGGUAUGAAACAGUUAUGUGAUGCACUGUAUCUGAACAGAAGCCUACACUACCUUGAUGUAAGCUGCAAUAAAAUAACUCAGGAUGGAAUGGUGUGUUUGGCCGAGGUACUGAGAAGCAAUACUACCCUGGAAGUCAUAGAUCUUUCUUUUAACAGAAUAGAAAAUGCAGGAGCAAACUAUCUCAGUGACACUCUUGCUUCACACAACAGGACUCUUAAAGCGUUGUCAGUAGUAAGCAACAACAUAGAGGGAGAAGGACUUGUUGCACUUUCACAAUCAAUGAAAACAAAUCCCACACUCUCUAAUAUCUACAUUUGGGGAAACAAAUUUGAUGAAGCUACAUGUGUGGCAUAUUCAGAUUUAAUUUACAUGGGCCGUCUAAAAUCAGACAAUACAGAUGUGGAGCCAUUUGUGGUGGAUGGACACGUGUACCUUGCAGAAGUCUCCAAUGGCCUUAAAAGGCAUUAUUACUGGACACCAGGUUAUGGAGAAGCUUGCAGCCCAUCAUCUAAUGCAGGUCUUACUCUUGUACCAGUAGGUCAAUAUCUAUGAAAA